GCCCCUGGUCCGGGGCCGGGGGCCUGUCAGCAGCAUCUUUCGCAGUGCCUUGACCAGCAUCCUGAAGACACCGGCCCUACAGACCCGGCGAGAGCCGAAGAGGAGUGAGGAGCCACAGCCAGACUGGGGGGAGGCGGAGCACCAGGGUUCGAUGGCACCGACCACCAGCCACUCACCCUCAACGCCGCCAAGGUCACAGGCCCCAACCCGGGAGGUCCUUGAGAGGGCGGAGGAGUUGGAUCCCGAAACUGAGGCAGCAUCAACAGUGAGACGUGCCCGCCGCCUGGACAGCACAGACAGCCUGGGGGGGAUGUCACCCUCCGAAGCCAUGGUGCUCCAAUGCAAGAACAUUCCAGCCAGUCUUAACAGCAAGGACAUCCUGGGGGAACAUUUCCGCCAGUUCGGACGUGUGCAGCGGAUCUUCUGCAGGCCCCAGAAGAACCUGGCCAUAGUGCACUUCCACGACCAUGCUUCUGCUGCCAAAGCCAAGAAGAAGGGCAAACUGCUGCGCAGGCAUGAGCUCACCAUCUUCUGGCAGAGGAAGAAGCAGAGUCCAGGAGAGAAGGGCCAAAGGCCUCCAGAUGACCCUGAUCCUCAGAGCCAGGCAGGAGGCUUUGAGUCAGCCCCUGUCUGCAAAGCCCUCUCCAAAUCCACCUCCGGCUGGUCCUCCAGCUCAUCCCUAUCCAGAGGGUCACCAGCCAAGAAACCCCUGGCGACAAAGGCCCUGCAGUUUGAGAGUGAGCCGCAGAUGGAGCCCAGCCCAGACGGCCUCGAAUCCGAACAUCUAGCCAGCAGCCUCCCCUCUCCCCUCUUCCACCUGAUUGGCCAGGUAGCUGAAACCACCGACCUGGAUCUGUCCAAGGUGUUUGUGGGUACGUGUCCUGACAUGUGUCCGGAGAAGGAGCGUUACAUGAGGGAGACCCGGAACCAACUGAGCUCUUUUGAGGUCAUCCCCAACACGGAGAAGGUGGACCACACUGCUGCCAUUAAGGAGUACAGCAGGUCCUCUGCUGACCAGGAGGAGCCCCUCCCCCAUGAACUGCGGCCCCUUACUGUGCUGAACAUGACCAUGAACUACCUGGUUACCCAGGUCAUGGACCAGGGUGAGGACAACUACCGUGACUGGUAUGACUUUGUGUGGAACCGCACACGAGGUAUCCGGAAGGAUAUCACUCAGCAGCACCUGUGCGACCCGCUUACGGUGUCCCUUAUUGAAAAGUGCGCCCGCUUCCACAUCCACUGCGCACACCACCUGUGCCAGGAGCCCAUGAUGUCCUUUGAUGCUAAGAUCAACAAUGAAAACCUGACCAAAUGCUUGCAGAGCCUCAAGGAGAUGUACCAGGACCUGGCCAGCAAGAACAUCUACUGCCCUCAUGAGGCAGAGUUUCGGCAGUACAGCGUGCUCCUGAAGCUCAAUGAUGGAGACAUCCUCCGGGAGGUGCAGCAAUUUCGGGCGGAGCUCCGAAACUCUCCGGAGGUGAAGUUUGCCGUCCAGGCCUUUGCCGCUGUCAACAGCAACAACUUCGUGAGGUUCUUCAAGCUGGUCAAGGUGGCCUCGUAUCUGGCUGGUUGCAUCUUGCACCGCUACUUCGACCAGGUGCGCCGUGAGGCUCUGCGGGCCCUGAAUGUGGCCUACAGCUCCCGUGGUUCCACCACAUUCCCGGUCGAAGACCUGGUCCGGAUGCUCAUGUUCCAGAAUGCCGGCGAGGCUUCGGACCUCGCGCUGCAGUAUGGGCUCGCGGUCGAUGCAGGCAUGGUGGAGCUAAGCCGGACAGCGUACCAGGAGCCUGAGAUCCAGCCACGUCCAAAGCGCUCUGUGGCCAUCGCAAGGAAGCGGGAGGUGCUGGUGGGCCAAGUGGUCAACGGCGCGCCACUGCCCAACCCACCCCAACACACACCCGUCAACAGCUUUGACAGCCGCAACAAGUACCGUGGGGAUGGGCAGCCAGCGGAGGCAGGCAGUGUGCCCAGGGCUGCAGCCUCCCCUCAGAGGCCCCCCAUUGAGCUGGAUGCGCGGGCCCUCCAGCACCGAUCCAAGAUGCCGAGCGACCCAGCGGAGUCAGCUGGCCUCCCUGGUAGAGAGGAGAGUGGAGCACUUGGGGCAUCUCCGUCGGAGGCACCACCAGUCGCCCCACCUACGCCUCCCCCACCGGAGCCCGUUUACACAGAGCAGGACAUCGCCACGGAGGUAGAGGCCAUGCUGGAGGAGGUAGUGCAGGCCGAGGUGGCUGACGUGGCUGCCACCGGAGCCGAGUACAUCUCUGCUGCACUCAGCAUGUGCAACGGCCAGGUGGAGGCAGUGCUGAGUGAGGUGGUGGAGCAGAUGCUGCGGGAGGUUUCUGCUGCCGAGAUCCAGGCAGAGAGGGAGCAUAUCGCUGAGGAGAAGCGCAGGAUGGAGGAAGCCAGGAGAAAGCAGGAACACGAGGAGCUCCUGGCCCGGCUCAGCAAGACACUGUGUGCCGAGAUCACACAGGAGGUGCUGCGCGACUGCAUCGUGGAGACUGCCUUAACAGAGAUCAGGCGUGCCCAAGAAGAGCAGGCAGAAUGUGUGGCUCGCAGCUCACAAGACGUGUGUGAGGUACUGCUGGAGGAGACGCUGUGUGGUGAGCUCACCCUGCUGGCCCAAGAUGUCCUGGAAGCAGAGCUUCUGAGUAUACGCAGGUUCAUCAAAAGGUGGCGUGAUGUGGUGGCCGUGCGCAGGCAGCUGAAGCGACAGAUGCGUGAUUUUCCUGCUGCCCCUGGCUGUGUGGACCCCCGCUUCAGGCUGCAGGCCUUGGCCCCCAGUGCCCCCCCCUCACCCUGCCUGGACAGGCUGGCCCGGGGCGUGGUCAACCUGGGGCACGCUGGGGACCUCUCUGUUUCCUGCACCAGGUUGGCGAAGAUGCGAAGGGAAACCGAGCAUCAGAUGAAGGUCCACUUGUUCUACCAGCAGCUCCUGAGCGAAUCUGUGUGGGGGCCACUGGACCUGCUCAGUCUGGUGGCAGCAAGCGUCUCGAACCCAUCUGACACAAUCUUCUGGAAGGCAGCCCUCUUGUUGCCAAGUGAUCAUGAAAGAGAUGCCAGUGUUGCUAACCAGAUUUUGACAGAAUGGCUGGAGUCCAAAUUCGGUAACUCGGAGAAGCAAGAACACAGGGAGAUGGUCCCCAACGGACACAUGCAAACCUUGAGCAUCAGCAGCGGCCUGCGGAGCGUGGGGGAGCGCAUGCACACAGUGCACGUGUGUGUGAAGGUGGCCCGCGGGCCCCUCAGCGAGGAAGGCCAGUUGGCAUUGGAGAAGCGGAAGGGGCUGAUGGGCAUGGGCGCCCUGCUGAUGCUGCUGCCCUCGGCAGUCAGUCCCGGGGCUGAUGAGGAAGACGGGGACAUCUUCCUGUUAUCCGCCCUGCUGCAGCUCCGGCAGAUCCAGCAGGCUAAUGCCUGGCCACAGGCCCUUCCUCUGGUGGUGGUGGUCCCAGGGCAGGCUGGGCACAGGGCCAGCGAUGAACGGCUAGAGGAAGACCUGAUGCUUCAGACACUCAUUGAGGAAGGUUUGAUUUCAGAGUACAUGUUCGUCCAUAUCCCCGAGACCACGAACGAACCCCAAGGAUCCGAGCAGAUCCGCCAUGCCGUCAGGUGGCUCGCUGCCCGCUCCACGGCACCAGCCCGGCUCGUCUCGCAGACGUUGGUGCAGGUUGUGGAGGCCGGGCUCUGCCGCGAGUUUGCUGGUAGGCUUCACCGUGAUCGGAGGGACCGUGACAUGGCGGGACUGCCCUCCCAGGGCCCUGCACCCGUCAUCGGCCUCUACAACACUGUCCUGGCUUUCUUGGCUGGCCUUGUGUCGUCCCCGAGUCUGGCUGGCCUCUCCUGGCCCGUGGCAGAGUUCUCGGUGCCAGGGGGUGGUGACUGCCUACCACAUCUGCUCUGGAACUCGGCUGAGCACCUGGAGUGGCUCCAGGGGGCAGUCCUGAGCCUGCGGCUGCCCGACUGGCCGCUGCCAGCCGUGGGGGCUCCUUGGAGCCAGCUGGUUGCCUCCAUCUUCCAGUACGUAUCUCAAAUCCCAUGGUCCCGCCACAGCCAGCCACUCCUUAUGUCCCAGUUGGAGAACCUUUUGGAGAGGCUGCGUCAGGACUGUGUGGGCCGAGGUGGGGGGCCGGACAAGGAGCCCACUUUCUGGGAGGUGCCCUGGGACGAAAUUGUCAUGCUCUGUGUAGAGCACCAACUCCUGGACUGGAACCCUCCUGGGUGCCCCGUGAGUGAAGAUGUCAUCAGUGACGACGGAGAAAUCCCGGUGUAUUUCCUGAGCGAUGGGCUGCAGGGCUUCAUACCGCCGUCCUGCUGGGUGGAUGCCGUAAAGCAGACGCACAGGGACAAGCAGCAGGGGAAGGCAGGGUGUCACCAGAGCAUGUGGCCUCAUCCUCGAAUGGCCAGGCCACGUCUUCAACAGAAGCUGUUUCACAGCAUGGUUGAGGACCCUGAGUCCGGAUCCGGUGUUGCCCCUGUUUUGGAUGCUGCCUCCAGCCCCCAGGACCUCCUGGCUCGCAUUGAGGAGGAGAAAGAACAGAGCCGCAGGUUCGAGGACCAGCUGCGUACCUGGCUUGACGUCGAGUCCCUGGGCCCUUCCUCUUCCUCCUCACCACUUUUCUUGCCUUCUUCGUUACUGUCUGUACCGGAGAUCGUAGUGCCCUCCCCAAAGAUGGCUGCCCCACCUGCACUUGCCCUGCAGAAGGAGCGCAGUGUCCUCAGUGACCAGGCCAGGGGAGCUGCCAGUUCUAUGGCGAGGCGUCUACAGGAGCUGGAGCAGCUGAUCUCUGCAAGCCGGGAGGAGGAGCUCGCAUGUGAGCUGAAGCUAAGCUGCCUUCUGGACAUUGUUGAUGACUGAGUGUCAUGUGACCCACCUGAUGUCUGCCGUUGACUGCCACAAGUUGUCUCUCUUAUGCCUGAUUUCUGCAGUAUAUUUAGUUGUGUGGUACUUGUGCAUAUAUUGCUUUGAAGAGUAUGAUGUACAGUAAUUUACACAACAUUGGGAGUGUUGUAACUGGGGGAAAAACAUGUCAUAGGAAAUGGACAGUUUUUUAGGGUUUUUUUUGUGCAAAUUUUAAAUAUUAAAAUGUUAUUGUAUUUAGAAA